AUGGAUUUUCUAAACACUUUUCUGAAUUUGAUGGUGCCCCCAGCGAGCUUGGUGAUGCUGGCCUUUGCAUGGCCAGCCCUGUGUUUUAUAAACUCCUGUGAAUGGCUUUACAACAGUUUGUACGGUGAGGAUAUGGAAGAAAAGGUGGUCAUCAUCACCGGAGCCUCUUCUGGUAUAGGAGAGCAAAUUGCAUAUGAAUAUGCAAAGAGGAGGGCGAAUCUUGUGUUGGUGGCACGGAGAGAUCACCGACUCCGAGGGAUCAGUGAGAAUGCAAGCCAUAUGGGCGCAAGGCACGUUAUAGUCAUAGCUGCAGAUGUUGUCAAGGAAGAGGAAUGUAGAAGAUUUGUUAAUGAAACCAUAAAUGUCUUCGGACGUGUGGACCAUCUGGUAAACACAGCAAGUUUGGGACAUACAUUUUACUUUGAGGAAGUCAUGGAUACCUCUGUGUUCCCUCAUUUGAUGGACAUAAAUUUUUGGGGAAACGUUUAUCCGACCCUUGUUACUCUUCCUUACCUACAUGAGAGCAAUGGUCGUAUCGUUGUGAAUGCAUCAGUGGAGAACUGGUUACCUCUGCCAAGAAUGAGCCUUUACUCUGCUGCAAAAGCAGCUCUUUUAAACUUCUAUGACACGUUGAGAUUUGAAUUGAGUGACGACGUUGGAAUAACAAUUGCAACUCAUGGAUGGGUUGGAAGCGAAAUGACCAGAGGCAAAUUCAUGCUGGAAGAGGGUGCAGAGAUGCAAUGGAAAGAAGAAAGAGACGUCCAUGUGACCGGUGGCCCUGUGGAGGAUUUCGCAAGGUUAAUAGUAGCCGGAGCUUGUCGGGGGGAUGCAUACGUGAAGUUUCCAAACUGGUACGAUAUAUUCCUACUUUACAGGGUGUUUGUACCCAAUGUCCUCAACUGGACUUUUCGGCUCCUGAUUUCGACCCACGGUAAAAGAAGAACUUCCCUCGUCGACACAGGGAGGCCUCUUUUUCUGGAAGGCACAGGAAGACCUCUUUUGGAGGGCACACCUCCAAGGAAACUGAUUGUAAGUCCCACUACAGCCUUUUCAGCUCAAAUUAGUCCCCAUCACCAGUAA